GGCAGCGCCCCGCCCCUCCCCCUCCGCGCGCCCUCCCCGCCGCCACCCGCCGACCCUGCCGCCACAGGCGCUCCCGCUGCAGCAGCCGGGGCUCGAAACGAGAACUGCACACCAUGUCUGCUGUUGCUUCCUCUAAAGAAGAUACGAUGUCAUCUGAAAAAGCAGAUGAGAAACAAGCUGAGGCUGAAAGCAAAGCUGAGGAAAGCGAGGAGGAUGAGGAGGAGGAAGAAGAGGAAGAGGAAGAAAAGGAAAAGAGUCUCAUUGUUGAAGGAAAAAGGGAGAAAAAGAAGGUAGACCGAUUGACCAUGCAAGUGUCCUCGUUACAAAAGGAACCUUUUACAAUUACACCAGGAAAAGGACAAAAACUUUGUGAAAUUGAAAGGAUACAGUUCUUUCUGAGUAAAAAGAAGACAGAUGAACUUCGGAACCUGCACAAACUCCUCUACAACAGGCCAGGCACUGUUGCUUCCCUAAAGAAGAAUGUGGGUCAGUUCAGCGGGUUUCCAUUUGAAAAAGGAAGUGACCAAUACAAAAAGAAGGAGGAGAUGUUAAAAAAAUUUAGAAAUGCAAUGUUGAAAAGUAUCUGUGAAGUUCUUGAUUUGGAAAGAUCAGGAGUCAACAGCGAGCUGGUAACCAGAAUCUUAAACUUCUUAAUGCAUCCAAAGUCUUCAGGCAAGCCAUUGCCGAAGUCCAAGAAGACACCAAGCAAAGGUGGCAAGAAAGAACGCAGCAGUACUGGAACAACGAGAAAAACAAAACGCACCAAGUGUCCAGAGAUCUUGUCAGAUGAAUCAAGCAGUGAGGAAGAUGAAAAGAAGGAAAAGGAUGAUUCUUCAGAAGAGAAAGAAAGUGAAGAAGAGCCCCCUAGGAGAGCAUCUAAACGAGAAAAAUCUAAAAAGGUGACUUCCAAACCCAAGAAAACUGUGAAGGGUGCUAAUGUCAAGAAGGCGGAUAGCAGCACUACUAAAAAGAAUCAGAACAGUUCCAGGAAAGAAAGCGAAUCUGAGGAUAGUUCAGAUAAUGAACCUUUAAUUAAAAAGCUGAAGAAACCACCCACGGAUGAAGAAAUUAAGGAAACUGUCAAGAAAUUGUUGGCCAAUGCAAAUUUGGAGGAAGUCACAAUGAAACAAAUCUGCAAGGAGGUGUAUGAGAAUUAUCCCAGUUAUGACUUAUCUGACAGGAAAGACUUCAUUAAAGAAACAGUCAAAGAGUUGAUUUCAUGAUCUGAUUUGACUGGGAAGUUGAAGAUUCCUGAUUUUGUUUCCGUGGAUUUGAAGAUAUGAUAGGCACCAGCAAAAGGAAUGUGUCUUACUCUUGUGGUAUUUAGUCAGAACUGAUUCUGCUGAUCUGAUGCUAAGAGUGUUAAUGUAAAUCGUGUCGUGUAUCUUUUUUUAAAGCAAAAAAAAAAAAAAAAAACAAAAAAACAAAAAAAACCAACCCAACAAAACAUGCAUUUGAUGCACGUUUUAGCUGAACAUUCUUAAGUUUUGUGCAUGGUAAUAAGUGUUCCCUUUUUUAUAGCUUUUGUACAUCUUUGAUUGCUUUGAAUAAUUAGAUUGAUUGGAACCAUCACAGCUUUUUAGUCUGCAUUACUAGCUUGCAGAAGACUUAAAAAUCAAGAUGAAAGCUGUUUAUCUGUGGACAUACAUGCAGAGACUUGAACACUGCAUUAUUGGUUAAAAAAAAAAAUUGAAUAUAUAUCCAUUUUAAAAAAGAACAGGAGUUAAUGGCAUGUUAAUGUCUUUCAUAGUCUGAAACAUUCUACAGAUGCAGAAUUAUUCUAGAUUGUCAUUACUGUCUUGCAUGUUUAGGCACUUGGAAUUGUCAAAGCAUGGUAACUAAUUGGCAUAUAGAUGUUAUUUUUGUACUCUUAAAAGGCUUUCUGUUGUGUAUAUAAAGUUAUUUUUGAUUUCUUUUGUUCAAAUCAGUUUUUAAUCUUAUCUUAGAGGAUUUAUGACAUGAAAUGUCAGUGUUCAGCAGUGAGGCUGUGAUGGAAAGAGAUGCAGAAGUCUGAUUAAACUACGAAUGAGUUGAGGUUUUACGAUGUUUUUCCCAUCUUGUACAGAAAUGAAACUGUAGUUUUAUACUUAAGCUUUUCAGUGUUUAAUUUUGUACAAAGACUACAGAUACGUUUGUUUCAAUGGCUUGACCUUAUAAAUAAAGUCCCUGUAAAGACUAUAGGAAACUUUUUUCAAAUCUCACAUUGCAAAAAAAAAAAAGUCUUUUAGUGUUUGGACUUGAUGGCCUGACGUCUCAGAAGUGGAUAUCCAUGAUGUACAGUUAGGAGGUGUGAUAGCUUUGGAAGCCCCCAGUGGGGGCUCUGACUUGGGCUUUACUGCACGAUUGUAUGGGAGCUCUCUUCUGAACCUCAGCCACAGUGCCUCAACGUGUGUGCUGGUACUCCUAAGUCUGCAGUCUUGAACUUUGACCCACAGCUUUUGGGAUCAAAGUGAACUCUUUGCAUAUCUGUUUCUGCUGUUUUGGUUUCUGUUUUCCAAAUACAUUGUAGCUCAUGUGGAAAGUCCUGCACUUAACAUGCCAACUAACAACUGAUGCUGAAGUGUGGGCUGCCAUUAAUGCCAAAAGCAAGGAAUCUCUUUGACUACAGUAUUAAUGGCAAGAAGAAGCAUAUUUUUGCAUUUUAUUAUUGUACAGUUGGGUAAUAAGUGUUCAUGAGUAAUCUAAGUUCUGGAAAUGUUCAGCCAGUUAGGCUACUCAGUCAUCACCUAUUUUGACUUGCUUUGCGUGUAAUCAUUCAUAAGGCUGAAUGUAACGGGGUUUUUUAUUCAAUAAAUGUCUUUCUCAAAAAUGUAAA